AUGACCGCAAGAAUAGUUUUCCGUACCUUCGUUCUAGCUCUCCUGCUCUACAGCGCGGUAAGCACUAAGUGUCCUGCAGGUGGUACAUCAGAUAAGUCCAUUUUGGGCUGGAUGUUACGAGGACACGUGUACGACACUCUUCUUGUUGAACGUCCGUUUACGUGCGUAUUCCAGUGUCGCGAAGACAAUAGAUGCCAAAGUAUUAACUGGGUUAUCUCUCUUCUUAUGUGUGAGUUUAACAACAGGACAAAGGAAGCCAGCCCCGAGGACUUCAUUCCAAACCACGACAGAUCUUACUAUCGACGCGAUUUACAAAGAGGUGAGCCAUCAUUAAGUGCCGGGGAUACUCUUAAGUUGGCCGGUUACGGGGAGGCUCCCCCCGAACGGGGUACCUUUGUCAGGCUUCAUAUAUAUGAAAGAGCUAAGAAAUGUCACAGUUUAAAGUAUAUGAAAGGGUAGGAAAGUUAGUGAUCUCUGGAGGCCGAUAAAAGAAACUAAAAGAGCUAACAGAUGCAUUUUAUGGAUGAGAAAAAGCAGACGAAAAUUUUUCUGGUUUUGUGCUUAUUCAUGUUUAAAAGGCAUAGCAUUUACAGUAGUUAAGAGGGAUGCCAAAUUAUCGUAAAAUCCUAUGUUAAAGCCCUCCCCGGAUUUAAACCCAUCCGUUUGCAAACGAAGAUAUUAUUCUGGAUAUACCCCCCAAGAUAUAAGCCCAUUGUUAUGCCAAGCGCGUUUUGAAAAACAGUAGUCACUUAAAUUGGAACAUGAAGCUACGAAAUUGUGCGGGUGAAAAAGAAAUAUGAACUUUGUUAAUGCUACCCAGAGGACCGUUUCUUGAAGUUUUUUUACUUUUGUCCUGUUCCGUUCCAGUUGUUCAAGUGUUUUAUAGAUGUUUGUGAAACACAUUCUCCAUUUAUUGUGAUAAAUUUAUAAUGGAAUGUUUGCUUUAAUUCGGUUCAGAUAUGUUUUAUCCUGUCGGUCCGAAACAUUUAUUUCGGCUUAUACCCCCCUCCCCCCUUUAUAAGCCCACCCAAAACCCUUUAUGAAGUUAUAUGAGCCCCUGAGCUUUAACGUGGGAUUUUACGGUAGUUCUAACAUUCGUGAAUCGAAGGUAUACGAAAGGGGUACCUUUCUUGUCAAAAACGUUGUAUAAAAGGGUAAGGGGUUGGACCUCGAGCUCAGGGCGGAACCUCCGGUCCUGGCUUUAUAAAACGUUGCUGAGUAGCGCCCCGUGCAUAAACUAAAAACUCUGUAGGGAUAAGGGUAAACUGAUAAUGAAGAAUUGUUUUUUAACCUCUCAGUUCCCCUUGGUUCGAUUCAAGAACUCCCAGCUGAGACUUGUGACGAAAUAAAGAGGAGUGAAGGACACGCUGUUAGCGGGAAAUACUGGUUUUCCACUAUAAAAUCUGGUACAUCUGUUCUGGCUAAUUGUAAUAUGGAGACCAACGGUGAGUUUAGUCAGUUAUAUCAUCGGCGACCACCGUUAAGUUGAUUGUGCUUUGUGAUAAGUUAAUUUAUGAUUAUUAGACAACUGACUUAAAUGUUUCAUAUUUAGUCACAGAUGCGGCGACUGAUGAAAAAUUACACGAGAGAUUAAGAUAAGACCCGGAGAAAAAAGAUAAAUUUGAAAGUGAAAAAAGACUCAUGCCAGGAAGGAAUGAGUACUCCCAACGUCACAUGUUAGGGCCUGAGUGAAUGCCCUUCAAUAAUUUUUUUCAUCAAUCAAUAUGCUUGUUGUUCUAGACAUUGACGAAUGCGGUGCUUCUACACCUGUAUGUGACAUCAAUGCCAACUGCUCCAAUACUCGGGGAUCGUAUCUCUGUACCUGCAGGGCAGGAUAUACAGGCGAUGGAAAAACUUGCCAAGGUAUGAUAAACUUCCUUUUAUCGUGUAAAAACAACGAGGAGGGCAGAUUCCUAGGACUUGUAACGACCAGUAAAAAUCGGCAAUCCAUCGAAUCCAGUCCGUUUAUACACGGGCAGUGCAUCACAUCAUGCCUCGGGUUAUACUUCUGUUAUUAGAAACUUUUUCGGUACAUGUAAGUGUACACAAAUUCUUUAAAAGGCCGUGCAUUAAGUCCAUUAUUUAACCUUGAAAAGUAAUGCUGUAAUUACGUAGUAGUCCACCUAGCCCAGUAGAAAAAAAAAAAGAACAAAAUUAUAAAGCAACCGAAACGGGAGAUUUAAACUGAUAAGACAGGGAGAAAAAAGGAUAAAUUUUAAGGGAAAAAAUGACUCAUGCCACGAAAGACUUGGUAAUCCUCGCGUCACAUGUUAGGGCCUGAGUUAAUACCCUUCAAUAAUUUUUUCAUCAAUCAGUAUGUUUGUUGUUUUAGACGUUGACGAAUAUAAUACUUCUUCUCCUGUAUGUGACAUCAAUGCCAACUGCUCCAAUACUCGUGGAUCGUACAUCUGUACCUGCAGGGUAGGAUAUACGGGCAAUGGGAAAACUUGCCACGGUAGGAUAAACGUCCAAUUGCAGUGAUAACAACGAAGACGGCAGAUUCCAAGGGACUUGUGAUGAUCAACAAAAAUAGGCAAUCCAUCGAAUCCAGUCCGUUUAUAUACCGGCAGUGCAUCACAUCAAGCCUCAGGUUAUACUUCUGUAGUAGAAACUUUUUGGGAAGCCUGCCAUAAAACAGCCGACAUUUGGCGACGCUACCACCGGUUUUCCCAGCAAAUGGCGUCUGAGAAACGAGCACAGAAGUUCCGUACGGAUCGUGUGUUACUACCUAGAUCUGGGUAGUACUUCUGAUUGGUCGUGCAGUGUCGGAAAUUUAAUUAAACCAAUCAGAAGCACUUCCCAGAUCUGGGUAGUGACACGUCAUCAGUAUGGAAUUUCUGCCCUAGUUUCUUAGACGUCAAAUUGGCGGGUAAACCAGUGGUAGCGUCGCCAAACUAGUGUCGGCUGUUUUCUCAGGCAACUUUUUGGGUAGAUGUAAGUGUAUAGAAAUUCUGUAAAAGACCGCGCAAGAAUUAAAACGUUUGAAGUCCGUUGUUUAACCGCGAAAAGUAAUGCUGUAAUUACUUAGUAGAGCACCGUAACCCAGUAGAAAAAGAAAAACAAAAUUAUGAAGCAACAGCAACCAAGAGAUUUAAACUGAUAAGACAUGGAGAAAGAAGAUAAAUUUUAAGGGAAAAAAAGACUCACGCCAAGGAAGAAUGGGUAAUCCUCGCGCGCGUCACCUGUUAGGACCUGAGUUAAUGCCCUUCAAUUUUUUUUUCAUCAAUCAAUAUGCUUGUUGUUCUAGACAUUGACGAAUGCGGUGCUUCUACACCUGUAUGUGACAUCAAUGCCAACUGCUCCAAUACUCGGGGAUCGUAUAUACCUGCGGGGCAGGAUAUACAGGCGAUGGGAAAACUUGCCAAGGUAGGAUAAAGGUCGAUUUACUGUGAUAACAACGAAGACGGCAGAUUCCCAGGGACUUGUGACGACCAGUAAAAAUGGGCAAUCCAUCGAAUCCAGUCCGUUUAUAUAUACCGACAGUGCAUGACAUCAUAUGCCUCGGGUUAUACUUCUGUUAUUAUUAGAACAUUUUUGGGUACAUGUAAGUGUAUACAAAUUCUUUAAAAGGUCGCGCAUUGAGAAUUAAGACGUUUGAAGUCCAUUAUUUAACUGCGAAAAGUAAUGCUGUGAUUACUUAGUAGCCCACCUAGACCAUUAGAAUAAGAAAAACAAAAUUAUGAAGAAACAGCGCUAGCACCGGGUAACUCUGGGUUUUUGGAACAGCCUAUACAGAAAAACCCUUUUUCAAAAGAAUUAUGAGAGAUAUAUGAAAAAUGUUGAAAAGUUCUGGAGUAGACAACUCGAUGGCAAAGAAGAAGAAAACUCUGAAACGUUUUGGUUCCCUGUUGAGGAAAUUCAGACUGUUAUCAACGGGGAUCGAAGAAGAUUGAAUAUUUUCAUUUACUUAUUAUUGUUUGAUUUUAUUUUGUUAGCAAGGAGCCUACGAUAGAUCCUUGUGGAAGUCCAAUAUUUUUGUUUUUUUAGACAUUGACGAGUGCAGUGCUUCUCCUCCUGUAUGUGACGUCAAUGCCAACUGCUCCAAUACUCGUGGAUCGUAUAUCUGCACCUGCAAGGCAGGAUACAACGGCGAUGGAAAAACGUGCGGAGGUAGGAGAAAAUAAUUAGUGAACCUAAAGGUCAGUUACUUUACUGUUAUAACAUCAAUUAUGGAAGUUUCCUAAGGACGUGCGACAUCAUAGCGUUCAAAAUGGUGGAUAAUGAGAACGGCAAUCAGCUAAAUCCGCCGGUAAGUUUUCAUAUCCAGCAUUGUAUGACGUCAUAUUUCAUGUUAUGCCUUUGCUGGAGGCUAUAACACGGAGCAAGAAACUUCCUUGUACUCUUAUCAAGGCGUUUUCACCAACGAUUUGGGCGUAAAUUUAGACGAUCUUUUAGGUCUCCCAAACCAGUCAGCAAAACGAAAUGUCUGAAAAUGGCAUUUUUGACUUUUAAAUAACUGUGCAUCAUGAGCCGCCACUUAACACUGAUGCGCUAAUUGUAAAUGGCGUAAAUUUAAAUCAUCUAGCUCAUAAUAAGAAUUAGACUCGAACAAGGAUCUAGGACAUUACAUUCAUAGUUAUUUAUGCAUACAUACACUAUUCUAUAAUUUAAUCUAUGUCUACAUUUUAUUGCACAUAUAACGUACUUAUCCCUUUGAAUCCUGAGUUUUUCUGUCAUAUUGCUUCAGUUUUGACAUACAUACACAAAAUAACAUCUCAAAAGUUCCCUUUGAGGUAAAAGUGCCUAUAAUCGUACAUAUUUAGAAAGUAGACAUAUCAGGGUUUCAAAAUAUAUAUAUGUAUUAACUUAACGUUUGUUUGGAGAGCUGUUUGCCUUUAGCAGUCUCUUAUAACAGUUGACACUGUACAUUUUGUGGCCACCGAAGCGCCCGGUUGCUCUCUUUCUUCGAUAAUUUCUUGACCACCACACCGUGUAUCUGCAUGCUCAAGCUCUGAAUUGUUGCCAGUGUCUUCGUCCAUUUAAUCAGACUAAUCUUCACCUAACCUGAAUCAUCGCUAAAAUCCGGUGCUGCAAAUAUAGUUCGAUCAACUCCAUUCGUGUCUGACGCCAUUUUUAAAGGUUAUCAUUAGCACAGCGAGGAAAUAUUGCCAAAAAGUUAGUCCAAAAUGACAAAAAACCGAUUGAAAUGGAAUCAUACGAUAAUUCACUUCAUAUAAGAAACAUAAACUGUCAUUUUCGUGCAAUAUACCGUCGAUUUUAUAGCAUAUUUUUCCAUCCUCCAAAUAUGGUAAACUCCAGUUGACUAGGAGCUUUGAGCCAAUCAGAAACGGCGAAAUAUUUUAAAUGAGUAAUUGUAAUUAACGUAUUUUAUUCACUCUAUUCUAUUUAUGUUCAGAUGAGUGAAACAAGCUCUAUACAAACAAAACGAAAUAGAAGACAAUACUGUACUGUGAAACUAAUCAAAUACGUUCGUCAAGUCAAAUCGAAAAAUUUGUAGGCGGCAAUCUUUCGCAUUUCCAUUGUCUGGCAGGUUGGAUGGUAGAAUUUAAUUACAAGUGUCCGUUUAAUACAAGUUGGCAACAAUAGAAAUGACCGUUUCUGGUACUCUUUAGGUGUCCACGGCCGCUUGAUAGAGGUUUCCCCUUAAUAAAGGUUCCAUAUGAAGUCAAUAAGGGAAACAAAUUUGGGGACUUCGGCUACUGUCCUCUUAAUAGAGGGUAUCCGCUUAAUACGGUGUCCGCUUAAUAAAGUUUUCACUGUCACUGAUAUCAGUUUCGAAAAAAGAUGGUACCUGAAUCACCUUUUCUUUUCUCUUCCGUUAUGUCAGUUUUUCCAGAAGGACUGACUGACUCCGUUAUCGUAGGACAUAAUGUGCAUCACUUAACUAAUUUAAGCACAUGGCUCAAACCAGUUGCCCAAAGCGAAUCUUCAAAAUGGAAGCGCUGUUGGCGUGCGUCCGUGGAUGGCUGGAAUGCCAGUACUUUUCACAGCGGAUGUGACAACAAAGGACCAACUGUAACAAUCAUAAGAGUCGGAGGGAAAUACAUAUUUGGAGGAUACACUAACCUUUCAUGGGGUAAGUGAUCUAAUUUUAACAGUCUAAACACCAUACAAAGCCGGCCACCUUUUAGCAUCACCGUGGUUGCGCAUACUGAGCUGGAGGGAUUGUUGGCGUACGGACCCUCGACCGGUCCCUCUCCGACAAUAGUCUUUACUUACUCGCUCCAUUUUAACAAAACAAUGUUUGGAAAUUCGGGUUUGUAUGUUUAACACCAAUUCUGUAGGGUUACUAUAUUAGGGAACCGUAUUCGUAAUCGUAAGGUUGUUUCAUGCAAGAAAGUCAAACAAUGAUACUAUUAAGAAAAUUAACAGCUUUUAAAUAACAACAUCAAUUCAAAACAAAUGUAAUGGGAAAAUGGUGGAUAUCGGUGAUGGAGUUGGUUAGGGCUAAAUCUUUACUAAGACGACUUUCUCUCUGAUUUUCUUUGAAUAAAGCCCAAAUAAGGCGAAGUAGUAGUAUACAAGGACGUGAAGAAAGUUCUAUUUCACAGGGAUGAGUCAGCUUGUCACUGAUGACUUUCACCGUUGUAUAUGAGCGGUUAUAUUCUUCUAAUAUUUCACCAGCCCCAACUCGGCCAGGUGUUUUUGCAAGCCAUGUUAGUUUUGACUUUUGAGCUAACUUGAAUGGGUGCGUUUGGAACUUCAAACGUAGCCGUGGAACUUCGGGAGUUGCAUCAGCUUUCUCUUCUAUAUAUAAUAAUUUUAAAAAGUUUUGUUGUGAAUUUCUUAGACGAGGAAUUGUCCAGGUUCUUCAGUUGUUUGAAACCAGGCGGCUUCACCAUAGGUAGCCCAAGCUCGAAAUAUGAGCAUCGGCAGACACCGGCAUUGCUGCGUAACAUUCGAAAAAUGAGGAUUUGUUUGGGAAAAAAACUUGUCGUUUCUGUAACCUACGAAAAUGAAAGGAUUUUAAUAAAAACAGCUUACCUUACUUAAAAUGUGUGUUACGACUCUCCUGUGUUGUCCACGGGAGAGAAAACGGUUUACAUAAAAACCCAUAAAACGGGCAUAAAUCGGCCCGUGGACCACACAGGAGAGACGUAACACACAUUUUAAGUGGGUUACAGAAACGAUAGGUUUUUUCCCCAUACAAAUCCUUAUAUUUCGAAUGUUACGCAACAAUGCAGUUUGUCGCUGAUGCUCAUAUUUCGAGCUUGGGCUACCUGUGGUUUCACUUGAGUUGUAACGCCAUGCAAGGAACGUGACGAUCGACCCGCGAUAUGCGUGGGAAAAUAUAUUUUUUUUUUUUCGAUCAAGGUGGAAAUUGGCAUCCUUGUCGUCGAAUAAGGUAAUACAUUUCAAUUUUCAUUAUCACGGUUGAUUUUAAAAGCUCUGGUUUCGAUAAAGGAACUGGAGGAAAAUCAGGAAAAUUCCAAUUCGACUGUGAUGGUUUCAUUUUAUUUACGGGUCGUAGCAUAAAUAUAACAAAUUCAUUUUCCUUUUCCUUAUACAAUCUGGUGUAAGGUGUAAAGCUUAUUGAUAAAGUCACUAGAACACUCUUCCAUUCAUUACUUUUGUUUCCGCUCCAUUAAAUUUGCCCAUUUUUCUUAUUAACGAACUCGAUUUAACUACAGACAAUGAGUAUUCAGGCAGAGUGGCAAGCUUCAAUGCGAUGUGGCAAGAGAGAUAUACGCCUUUGAAUUUCUGUUAAUUUUACGGGUGUUAAAAAAUUCAAAAAGUAUACCCACCAAAAGUUUAAUCGAUCGUUGCGAAAACGCUAUCAAUUUCUCUUCGAAGUAGUUUCUAACAAUACAAUAAAAAGGGAUAGUUCUUUCAAUGUGUAUCGGCAAAGGAAGAUUAGCUUUGAAGACAGGGUUGUAGUCGAAGGCUCAAAAACAUCUUCUAUUAACCAAUAUGGCGCCGGUCCGAAGCACCCCAAAACCGGCCGUGUCGAUAAUUUCCGAAAUAGGAGGAAUUAGAACCUAAAGUUACCUAUUCCUUAUUAAAGACCCCAAAUCAAGUCUACAUGCCAAUUUUUAGCCAAUUCGGUGAGAUAGUGUGGCAGCGACAUUUCAAUAUAGUUCGAAUCUUACAGACAACUGCUCUUAAUUGAUUCUCUGUAUUUUUUAAAUGUAUGUAGAACAAGUCGUUGGCAAAAAAGUAUUUCAUUUGUAAUGUAAAAAUGCAGAGAGUAAAAGUGUUCAGGUUUCUUUUGAAAUGUUUUGUUUACACAGGAUAUCUUUAGCUUAGAUUUUUCCUCCGAUAAGGGAUCGUUGAUGCAGAAAAGCUCAUAGUCUGCUUUUUUCUUUUCUUUAUUUUUUUCUUUUCUUAUUUAUUGUGAGUACUAUCAGUAUAUUUCCUUGUCUGUAUGAAUUCCAAUUUUUGAAGGACGUCUGUGCAUUGAUUAUCCUUUUCAUUUAUGAUUUUCCCAACAGGUUACAGCAGCUGCCAGUAUCGAUAUGAUUCCCAGGCAUUCCUUUUCUCGCUGGUUAACAAGCCAGGAUGGGCGCCUGUGAAACUACCUCAGACAGGGCAGCAUAGUUCUGACAGAAGUUCCGUAUUCGACUGCUCGCUUUAUGGACCUAUUUUCGGAGGAGGCAAUGACAUUUACAUGUCUGCAUCUAGUCACAAUUCAGCCAACCUUGGCUAUACUUACAGCCCACCAAGCGGGUACAACUAUAACGAAUACUUCACCAAGACAUUUUUGGCAGGCACUUAUCACUUUACUUCAGACGAAGUAGAAAUAUUUUACGAAACAACCUAA